AUGGAGAACGUGAACCCAGCAACCGGAAGGUAUCAAGUAGGCUGGGACAUGAUAUCCAACGGAGACGAGCAGACAACGGCGGUGACAGGAGGCAGGAUGUUAUCCCACCUUGCACCCAGUGGAAGAAGUCAGGCACAGGGAAUGACCGGACAAUUCUUCGGGGAAUCAUCUCAUCACCAAAAUGUCAGCCAUCAUGAGUUCGGGGAGUUGAACGGAAAUGGAAGUUUUAGUCAAAACGGUAGAGGAAGAGGUAGAAGAGGUAGAGGAGUAAGUCGUGGAAUUAAUGCAAGAGGUGGAGGUUCGAGAGGUGGUCACUCAGGACCAACGACCGUGGUGAAUGGGGUGACGGUGCCAAAGUUCGGACCAGGAGCUUUUGAGGCGGUGAAAGCAGCGAAACAAGCUGGGACAGGAGGAAAUGGUGCGAGUGCUCAUUUUUUUGUCCAUAGAAGUGAAAUCGCCCUAGAAAGCAAUGAGCAUGGAGAAAUGGAGAGAAAUGCAUUCCCAAGGAUGAUGUUUCCUAGAGCAAAGAGACCAAAACCCAUCCGCACCGGUGAGAGGAAUAGUUGA